GAUAAUCUUCACAUUUGUUGACAUGAAUAUUUGUUUUCUUCUUCUUUGUGGAUGAUGCCGAAAAAAUCAGUACUUAACGGGGGUUCUGCUCAAUAUUACAAGCUAACCAAGGCGCAUGACGAUGGGUAUAUCGAUUUACAGUUCCAGAGACCUCCUCCCAAAGUGCCAUACAAGGCUAUACUGCUGGCGACAGUAUUGUUUUCAAUAGGAACCAUUCUCCUGGUGGUUGGAGCCUUGUUGUUGUCUGGAAACAUCAGUGCAGAGUAUGCGGACAGGACGUGGCCGGUGUUAAUCAUUGGAGCACUCAUGUUUAUUCCUGGAGCUUACCAUGUAAGAAUCGCUUACUACGCAUACAAAGGAUAUGACGGAUUCUCUUAUGAUGAUAUUCCAGAGUUUGACUGAGGACCUUGUAGCUUUACUUUUUUUGAUGCAUUCCACAUGUAAAUAGUCAUUUAACCUUCUGUGUUCUUCAUUUGAUGUAAAAGACUUCACUUGUGAUAGUUUGGUUAUUAGAACUAAGUGUAUUGUAACCAGUUGCAACAAAUAUGUUCACAAAUGAUUAAAUAAAUCUAAUAGCUAGUAUUCAAUUUAAAAAAAAAGAAAUCCACUUGUAAAACUUGUUUUGGAGAAGGUAAUGUUUUAUUAUAUUUUCCUUGUGUUAAUACAUGUACUGGUAGUUAUUAACUUCAUUAACAUCAUGCGUUAAGUGUGCAUUUUUUUAUAUUAUGAUAUUAAUAUCAAUUUUAAAUCAUUUUUACUAUCACAUAUUUUCUGAGAUUUUAUGAUUGUCUGAAGUCUUUGUAUCACAUAAUAACUUUUGAUGUUAUUGGUCUUUAUUUCUGUUUUAUUUUUCUAGUCUGUCCAUAUUUAUAUAUGCAUAUUAUUGUACACCAUGCAUCAUGUGCAUUAAACAGACUGAUCACUCCAUGCAAAGUGCAGUCAGUUAAACUGAUGUA